GCUGGUCACCAGCAAGAGUGGAAUGUGCUACGUCUAUGUCAUUGUGGAUAGGUUUAGUAAGUACGCUAGGUAGCCGCAAUGCCUGCAACAACUAAAAUUGAGUAUGUGAUCAAGCUGUUCAAGGAAAACUGGGUCAGAGAUUUUGGACUUCCUAAGUCUAUAGUUAGUGACCGAGAUGUGCGAUUCAACAGUGAAUUGUGGAAAACUGCAGCUGCAGCUGCAGAACAGGGCACGCAGUUGCAAAUUACAUCAGGCAAUCACCCAGAGGCGAAUGGUCGGGCAGAGCAGUUGAACCGCGCUGUACAAGACCUGCUGAGACAUUACAUCAAGCCAAAUCAGGUAGACUGGGAUGGGAAACUUGCUCUCAUCGCCAGCUUGUACCACAACGUUGUGCACAGCGCUACGGGAGUGAGCCCGAACAGCUUGCUACUGACUUUCAAGCCUAGACUGCCUUUGAACUUCCUCCUACCCGAGAAUCGGCCAUCUGCUGCACCAAGGACCUUAGAGUUUGCUUAUCGUUAUGAGCGCCUGAUGCAGCAGGCUGUUGAGCAGAUGCAUAAAGCACAGGCGGCGAUGAUAGAGUCAGAGAACAAACACCGCCGUCCAUCUACAUUCCAGGUAGGAGAAAGAGUCUGGGUUAAGUCCUCAGAACUGGGACAGGAGCACGGGAUCUCCCUCAAGCUCAUGCCACAAUACUUUGGACCAUGCAAAAUGGCGGACUCAGGGAAGGCAGUGGUGCCUGAGGGAGUUGAAAGUUCUGGGGAGACACCCCAGGUAAAGCUUGAAAUGAAAGUGCAGUCUGCACCACCUGUGCCGCCUGACCCUUUAGAGGCUGAACUGCGGGCCCAAGAGGAGAAACUCCGCUUGCAGGCCCAGGCAGUUGAGAAUCUAAAGGCAGAGCUCAAGAAGAAAGAAGAGGCUGCUCAGAAAGAGGCCAGGAGAAAGAUCUUGAUUGCAGACAUGCAAAAGAUCAUGGGCAGUGGUUCUACCAGUCAGGGCUGUACCAUUUUCAGCAAGAUCGAGCUCAAAUCUGGCUACCACCAGACAAGACAGCCUUCAAAACCAGUUCAGGACUGGCCGCGACCUGCUAACAUUCGUGAUGUCCGGUCAUUCUUGGGGCUUGCAUCCUACUACAGGAAGUUUAUCAAGAACUUCUCUGCGAUUGCGGCGCCAUUGACUGAUCUCACAAAGAAAGACACUUCCUUUCUUUGGACCUCAGAAUGCCAGGAGGCCUUUACACGUCUCAAGGAGGCCUUGAUUCGUGCCCCUCUUCUGAAGUUACCUGACCCUACCCUGCCUUUUGUACUUACUACUGAUGCUAGUCAGUAUGGGGUAGGAGCGGUACUUCAGCAGGAUGAUGGGAAUGGUCUGCAGCCCAUUGAGUACAUGAGCAAGAAGAUCAAGACCAAGAAGCUGCAGGACUCUACCUAUGAGAAAGAGUUGUACGCUCUUGUGUCAGCGCUCAAGCAUUGGACACUCUUUCUCCUGGGCAGGCACUUCAAGAUCUUUUCAUAUCAUUCCACCCUUCAGUGGAUGAAGUCCCAGGGAGAGCUGAAUGACAAGCUUGCUUGCUACAUCCAGUUCAUAGACAUGUUUGACUUUGAACUGAGACACAAGAAGGGCUGCUACAAUAGAGUAGCAGAUGCCCUUUCUCGUAGGCCUGACGCUCUGUUCCUGAUCUCCUUUACCCACUCAUUUGGAGAGAGGACACGUCAGACCAUUGCCCAGCUGCUGCCCCAGGAUGAGAUCUUUGGGCCUAUUGUGAGGAAUCUCCAGGACAAUCCUGCCUCUGAACCAGGAUAUACUCUGGUCUCAGGACUGCUGUCCACAUGCAGCAGAGGGGAGGAGCGCCUGUGCAUUCCCCAGGAUCGCAAGCUGAGGACACUUCUGAUGUCAGAGUGUCAUGAUGCUCGUGGUCACUUUGGUGCCCUCAAAUCUUAUGCAGCCCUGUCGCAGCGCUUCUUCUAGAAGGAGAUGAGGAGUGACAUGCUGCACUAUGUGGAAACCUGUGAGUUAUGCCAAGGGAAC